CGGUGCGUGGGGGCUCCGCGGGCGGGGACGGUCCUUGCGUGGGCAGGGCCAGGAGAAGGCGACGCCCGCCAUGAGCUCGUCGGCGCUGCUGGCUGAGGGCCCCCUCGAUCCUCCGGUGCUGCUGGCUGACAUCAAGACGGAGCCCCCCGAGGAGCUGCUGGCCAGCGACUGCAGCCAGCCCCAGGCCGAGCCCGUCGAUCUCUCCCUCAAUAAAUCCAAGGUGGCUCCGGCCUCGGCCCCGCCGCCACCGCCCCCGACCUCGGUCCAGUCUUCCCCCAUGCUGGUGGCUCCCCCGCUUCCCGCUCCCAGCACCGUGUCUAUCCCGCCCUCCGGUCUCAGCUCCACCUCGGCCAUCCCGGCUGUCCUCUCACCCGGCUCCAUCCUGGCCUCCACGCAGGGCAGCGGCGGGCAGCAGAUCCUUCACGUCAUCCACACCAUCCCCUCCGUCAACCUGCCCAGCAAGAUGGGCAACCUGCAGACCAUCCCCGUGGUGGUGCAGUCCCUCCCUGUCGUCUACACCACCGUGCCCACGGACGGCGUCACCGCCAUUACCGUGCCCCUCAUCGGGGGGGACGGCAAGAACGCUGGGUCUGCUUUCCUUUCCCGGACCCCUCCAGUGAAAAUGGACCCUGGCUCCGUGUACCCCAUGGACAUGAACAGCGACAGCGAGGACAGCGCUUCUGAGAGUGGCCCGGCUCCCUUCCAGGACCUCCAGAGAGAGCCGGCGGCACGGGGACCCAGAGCCGAUUCCCCGGACCUGAAGAAACGGCGCAUCCACCAGUGCGACUUCGAGGGCUGCAAUAAGGUCUACACUAAAAGCUCCCACCUCAAAGCCCACCGGAGGAUACACACAGGUGAGAAGCCUUACAAAUGCACGUGGGAAGGCUGCACCUGGAAGUUCGCCCGCUCGGACGAGCUCACCCGGCACUUCCGCAAGCACACGGGCAUCAAACCCUUCCGCUGCUCGGACUGCGACCGCAGCUUCUCCCGCUCCGACCACCUGGCCCUGCACCGCCGGCGGCACGUCAUGAUGUGAGCGCUGCCCGCCGCGCUGGGAGCCGGCUGCGCCUCCCUCCCUCCGCCCAUCCACACCCCGCGGCUCCUGCGGGCCGGGGCGGGGACUGCGGGAGCGCCGGGGCCAGAGCUGCAGGAGGGGACGGGAAACAAUGGAUUCUGGACUGUUGCCCCUUCUCUCUUGUCCCCGGCUGUUUUUAUUCCUGGGUUUGUCCUCGCCUGGAGGCUCCUUGACUCCUCACCUGGAAUUCACCCAGCGGCCGUUCAGCCUCCUGCACGUUUUGCCCCUCCUGUGUUCCCUGUGCCCCACCUCUCCCAGUGCCUGCGGGCAAAAUCUGAGAGCCGUGGA